UCAGAACACCAACUGGCGGGUCCACGGUAGAGCGAAAAUUGUCGGUGUUGCUUAUUUUCGCGCUACUUCUCGUCCGAACUGUUCGCGAAUCACCGUUACCACAAUUAAUCGCAAGUGGUUUGUACCCACUUCAGUGAGUGUGCGAAAUACUAAACAAUUCUUAUCAAGGUGAGGUUUCGAGAUCCUGCCGAGUAAAAUCAUACGCGAAUUGUACUCGUCCGAGGACUGUACGAACCGUCGUGCUUCAAAGAAACUUUCCGACUUUUACGAACGGACGAGAAUAAGCGCUCAUAGUGAUUUAACUCGCUUUCGGUCGUAAAAACGUUCUGCAGUUUACUUUCAGGCGAGAGAAAUAUCUCCAAGAUUGAAAUUCGGAUGAAACGAUCAGUUUUUUUUUUUUUUUACAAAUAAUCUCCGAUCCUCGCUUAAGAUUUCGAUUCGCAGACAUCGGUCUCUGAUUAUAAUCAAUCCUUCUAACUGUCUCAAUUUUCACAUUGAUAAAUGAAACUUUGUGUACGUAAUGAAUAACGAAUCGCUUCGUCUACAACAGCUGCACGCCUUUCAGCAAUCGCAAUUUCAAUCUAGAGUACGACGUGCCUCCUGCCCAUCGGAGUUGUUCCAUAAAUGUAUUCGCGGUUCCCAUGGGAUUGUAGUAACACCCGCGACUAGAAGAUGCCCUCGAAAGAUAAUCGGCCAACGUAUGUAGGUACAUUUAUCAUCGACUAGGACAAAGUAGUCGGAACAACGCCAAUUCGCGUACAGUAAUUGCCACGUAAGCAAUUAUAUCCGUAAAAAGUUGUUCCUUAUAUUUCUUAGUAUUUUUAACUUCUCACGAGUUGCUGUUCAGCUAUUGUAAAACACAAAGUUGGACUCGCUGCGUAAUGCUUAUAAUUGUACCGCAAAGUUUUUGACGCGUUCGCAAGAAAACGAUGAAAAAAAUGAAAAUUAUUUACACGGUCUCUAAAUUGUCUUGAUGAUAAUUCGUUGAAAUUAAUGGCUUUGCGCGACGUGAAAUUUGUAAGGAAUUUACGAGUAUAGGUUGUGAUAAAAUGACGGUGGACUAUAAUAAUAACGGUUUUGUGACGCGCGAUGACAUCAAAUCGCGGACUGACAAAUAAACAGCGAUUUCAAAAUAAAUAACAGAGAUUGCACGAAGCGAAGGCUGGAAGAGAAAAGAGAGAAAUAAGGAGAAAAACGUGGGCCUUAUAGUGGAUCUAUUAUAGCUCGGAUGGCUCGUUGGAAUUGAAGCAUGCAGAUUUUUUCCAGUUUCAUGGCGCGUCAUUUGAAGAGGGCUGCGUCACUGAAGAAAGGGAAACGAGAGGGUAGCGGAAGCUGCAGCCCUGGGGAAAGACCGCCGGCAGUAUAUCUGGCUGGAAAUCCCUUAACCACCCUCCAGAUCCCCGUGGGUGGCCCUGCAGGGGGUCUCGGAGGCGUCGCGACGAUGAGCACGGACGACUUGGCGACGCAGGAUGACGAGUUCGCCGUCGCCCUCGCCUUGGCCCAGAAGACAGAGCGUGACGCGGAGGCGGUGCGAGGUGCUCUUUAUCUCGGGGUCGCCCUCUUGGUUGCGUGGGUCGUUGGGGCAGCCGGUUUGUCCCUGGCAUGGUUAGUCCUGGUUCUCGCCCUCGUUGGAACGAUAUUCCGAGCGAGGCUGUCGCGGCUUCUGCAAACAGCCCUUCAACACGAAUUGUCGAGGCUUCGUCGGCGCAGGGCGCUCUACAAGGACGAGACUGCUGAGUGGCUGAGCCUGCUGAUAAAUCGCUGGUGGAGAUUCAGCGCGGGAAGUAUAUUCACUCUUGCCAAGGAACGAUUGGAGCCAAUUUUGAAUGAGUCAAAACCCGGGAUACUUGGUCCAUUGGAGCUGCGAGAACUCACUUUUGGGGAACAGACACCCUGUAUAACGCGUGUUAGAGCCCUGGAUUACAGCGGAGAUGACGAUGGACCUGCCGCAAGACCCGGCUUCAGUAAACUCUCUGUUGAAGCUGAUCUUCGAUUGGACUGCGAGCAAUUCAGGAUGCUCAUCACAACCAGGCUCUUUGGAAAAGGAGUUGGGAUGGACAUUGAUGUUGCGGUUGAAAAACUGUCUCUUGCUGGUACGGUGUUGGCAACUCUGACACUGAACUCCGCAGCUCCAUUUCCACACGUAACGCACCUCAGCGUCAGUUUCGUAGAAAAGCCAGAUGUCUGGUUUAGUGUCAGGGUCCUUCGCGCUGUCCAAAUGAUGGAGGUGCCCCUGGUAAAGACAUGGAUCCAUGCGGUCGUCUCUGAUGCUCUUGCAAGCUGGAUAGUCGAUCCCGGACAUCUUGAAUUGGACCUUCGAGCGCAGGAGAGACCUGGACCAGGUCUGGAUUGCGUACCGCAUGAUACACCUCACGGAGUCCUUACCGUCACCCUCAGCCAAAGCAACACGGUCUCAGGAACUACAACGGACGAAGUUAGGUGGUUGGUGGUCACCAUAGGCGACCAGCGACUAGUGACGCCACAUCUUUGCGCCAGCUGGACGGAAGAUGUGUCUUUUCUCGUCGGGUCGUUGGAGAAUGAACGAAUCAGCAUAAAACUGAAAGCCAAAAGGCUGGUCAGCACCAUAACUCUGGCUCAAUUUGAGCUGGCGCUGGGUGUGUACAACUGGGAAAAUUCUACUGUGGUUGAGAGUGUGCUGCAACAGAAAAAACCAUCACGAAGUAGCGCCAAUAUUCCCAAUAUCAAUGCUAGGCUGGAGUACAGCUCACUGCCCACCUUGGAACCCGAUUUACCACAGCCAGAAUCACUGGAUGAAAGCCUUCAUCCCUCGGUGACUCGAAAAAAUUCGUACCGAAAGCAAAGAGCAGGUGUGCUCGUUGUUUACAUACAUUCGGCGGAGGAUCUUAUCAACAGCGAUCCCUGCCACUGCAAUCCGUAUUGUAUGCUCUUCAAUAAUCGUAAAAAAGUAAAAACUACACAUUACGUCCGGGGCACAAGCUCGCCAAGAUGGGAGGCCAGGACGCAGUUUCUUGUACAAGACUACACUCAAGUUUCUCUGAGCUUCGUUAUAUGUUCAUGGAAUAUAUCUAAAAUGGCAGAUACGGACAUGCUGGGUCUGGCUAUGCUUUCUUUAUCACAGGGUACUAGAUGGAUCGUCAGAAGAGAACUGACUCUUAGCGGUUCAAGUGGGUCAUCAACUGUGACAGUUUCUGUGCUUUUCCAUCCAGUCAGAAGUGUUCAACAAGUGGUCUCUAGUAGACGUGGAAGCAUCGCACCCAUAGGAUCUGAUGAUGAUCCUAAGAUGAAGCGAAACAGUCUUCCAUGGAUGCAACAAGCGAAAAUGCUUCUAAUACAUCGAGAUGCAGACCCUGCCUCCUCAGAUAUAUCAAGCCUUUUGUCGACAGGCAGUGGAUUGAUGGAGGUCACCUUGUUACGAGCAAAAGACCUCGUUGCAAAAGAUUUAAACGGUUUCAGCGAUCCAUUCUGCGAACUGAGACUGAACAAUGAAACAAAGUAUAAAAGCAGCAUAAAAAAGAAAACUCUGAAUCCCUGCUGGGAUGAAAGUUCAAUCAUGGGAUUGCCGAGGGCCGGAGAAAAUUUGGACAUUAUGCUGUGGGAUCACGAUACUUUUGGGAUGAAAGAUUAUCUCGGAAAAGUGUCAUUAGCCCUAGAAGAUAUAAGAAAACUGUCGAGCAGCGAUCAGUCCCAUUGGUUCAUACUCAAGGGAACCAAAUCAGGAUCUGUUGAGCUCAAGAUCAAAGUUCUCUCCGAAGAAUCUGAGACGCAGAGCACGUAUGCGGCAAGUACCGUCAGUGAUUCUUCCACACGGCAGGAUGCAGAGCCAGAUGCUGUCGCAACUGUUGUUCGACGGCCAUCAAUGGAAAAAUCUAAAAUGAGGUUGCAUCUGGGACCGGUGGUUCCUCCUCCACCGCCUCCUCGCACUGUCACCUUGAUUAAACCGCCAGCCAUAGUCCAUCUACCUGAUAAGACCAGUGCGACUAGCAAAGAAUCGGGUGAAGUAAACGGUCUGGCAACUGGUUGGUCUGGGCGGGAUACCAGCACAGUGAGCGGCGAUAACGCAGAGGAUGGCGUUGAUAGUAGCACCCUAGAAAAAUUUGGGGAAAGAAGAUCAUCGCAUCACAGUUUGACACCAAGCCCUGAUAAUGGUUUUGGGAAGAAGACGCCUCAGUACAACAGUUUUCGAGUAAUGAAGCAGAAGGUUAAACGGGGACUCAAACUUCGCAGAUUUCGAUCUGAAGUUAAUAUUGAGGAUAAGGGAGACACUGCGAAAGGUGUUGCACUGAGUUUGGAACCUCGAGGAGGUGGGGAAGCUGAUGCGACGGAGUUACUUCAGGGUGCCGGUCUCUCCCAUGCAGUUUCGCAACCGGACAUGCUUGGGAGGAUAAGGCAGCCAAGUCCGAACCUGCGUGGAACGAGAGACUUGAAAGCAAUCAAUGGCACCAGAGAAAAGUAUUCCGGCGUUGAAGGAAAAGUACUACAAGCCCAAGGUCUCCAUGUUGCUCAUAUUGCCCAGCUUUAUUGUCGGGUGAAGUUUCAAGCGUGCACAAGUCCAGAGAAAAUGUCGUCUUCCACUAACGGCGGUAAGACAUUGACAAAGUCUCGCCUUCUUCCGGCAAUGCCCAAUCCACAGUUUGGCGUUGACUUCCAAAUUGAUAGCGAUGAAGUAUCCCGGCAAUCUUCUCUUAUUUUCGAAAUUCGCAGCUCCAACAAGGAGCUGUUGGCCAGCCGCAGAGUUACACUUCACGAACUUCUAAGUGGUGCUUCUGCGGCUACCAACGACGUGCAUACUUGGCUAGCAUUGAAUAAUGGCGCAUCGUUGGAAAUACAAAUUGGGCAUGGGAAGGAAGUGAAGAAUAAAUCCACGAAAAAGUUGUUCCGGUCUUGGUCAGUGCACAGAAUUGGCAAAAUUUGAAAGUGGUGUAAAUUUCAGCCUGCAGUUCCAAUGCAUCGAGCUGAAAACAGUUGAAUUUAACAUAUACUAGGUCGCUUUGGUUAUAUUUGCAGAUUAUAUUUGAUCCGAAAUUUAUCAGGUAAACUGCAAAGUGUAGCACAUCCAUGGAGAAUACUGACGAGUUGAUUUAAGAUGUUUUUAUUUUUGUAUAUAUUAGAAAUACUAUGUUUAUAAUAUUAAAAAUUAAAUCUUUUUAGUAGUCUAACUGUAAGAGUUCGCCAUUUCAUAAAUAGAUUUUGGUCAGUAGUGCGUAAAACUGAUAAAUUUGGAACGUUUUCAAAAUGAAAUCAUAUUGAUUUCAUUCUUAUAGAAUCACUUUCAGCUUCUCUUGGAAUAUCUUGCUCUUGCUCUGAAUAGCUAUUGACAGCAUGAAUUUGUGAGAAAUACUCUCUGUUGUAUGUCCAAGCAUAAUGUGACUUACAAUCGUUUUCGGAUUUAACGUCCAGUACUGAUGAAGAAUCAUAUCAUUCCGUAAUAAUACAUACCUAUAUAAAUAUACAUGUAUAAUAUUAUGAGAGAAAAUUUUUCACUGUAUAUUUCUUCGAAUAUUAUAAAACUUUCAAGAAGAUAUUUAAAAAAUAUAAACAGUAUAUCGCCAUAUUAUUGGCAAACUUAUCAUAUUGUACAGAGACUGGGUAUCGGACAAAAUAAAUUAUUCGACUAUUUA